AUAUUGUUUACGGCAAUAAAUCAGUGUUUGAAAAGCAGUUUAUAAGUGAGGAUCGCCGAGUUUGUGUAUUAAUUAUAAUAAACAAACUAGAAGAGAGUUUAACCUACAGCUCAACUCGACAAGCUAGUGUUUAUAUGAUCAUCGUCAUCGCUAUCAUCAAAAUCAUAUCGAUUGUUGUUGCUGUCAAUAAAAUUCAAAAAUGUUUUUCUUCUGGAUAAUACUGCUCGCCACAAUUGCUGUUUGCUUCAAUCAGGAAAUAUGCUUCACGGAGCCUAAUGUCGAACAAAUGCCAACAGCUGUACGAGCGGAUUUAUACCGCGGCCAACAAGAGUUUACAUUUGCUAUGCUGGAUGAGAUUCAGAAAGCUACGCCUAAUGAAAACAUAUUUUUUUCACCCUACAGUACUUAUCAUGCCUUGUUGCUGGCCUAUUUCGGGGCCGUUGGUAAAACCGAAGAAGAAUUAGUCAAAGUCUUACGGUUAUCAUGGGCAAAGAAUAAGAAACACGUCAAUCUUGGUUAUCGUUUGGAAAAAACUUUGCGUUUUACACGUUCUAAAAAGAUGCCCAUAGAGUUUGCUUCAGCGGAUAAAAUUUACUUUGAUAAAAGUAUUAACUUGACACUUUGUGUAGUUGAUAACUUUAAAGACGAAUUGGAGUCUUUAAAUUUUAGAGACGAACCCGAGAAAUGUCGUCAGGACAUAAAUGCGUGGAUUGCAAAUAUUACAAGAAAUGAAAUCCCGGAGGUCCUUAGCGCUGAUGACGUGAGCAGUGACACUCAAAUGAUUUUAGCUAAUGCUGCUUAUUUUAAGGGUCAAUGGGCUAACAAAUUUGAUGCCAAAGACACAAAACCCCAAAUAUUUUAUACUACCAAAAGUCAAACCUUCGUGCCUAUGAUGCAUCGACGUGGAACUUAUAAUUUGGCAAUUGAUGAACAGAUCGGCGCAUACAUACUGCAAAUGCCUUAUUUAACUUCGGAUGACGAGAACAAAGAUUCUGACAUAUCCAUGAUGAUUGUGUUGCCACCUUUUGUUGAAAAUGGAUUAGAAAAUGUGUUAGAGAAAUUAAACGCUGAAACUUUGGAAACGGCUUUGAAAGAGAGCAUGCCUCGGGAAAUAGAUAUAACACUUCCUAAAUUUGAAUUUGAACAAAAUAUAGAAUUGAUGCCGAUACUCAAUCGGAUGGGCAUUAAUUUAAUCUUCAGUCAGAAUGCUGAGUUAAGUGGCUUUUCUGUUGAAAGCAACUUGAACUUUGGCGAUGCCAAACAUGUAGCAAAAAUUAAAGUAGAUGAAGAAGGUAGUACUGCUGCCGCUGCCACAGUACUCUUUAGCUUUCGUUCAGCUCGACCAUUAGAGCCUACAAAGUUCGAAUGCAAUCAUCCAUUCUUGUUUCUUAUUUAUGAUCACAAGUCCAAGGCCAUUCUGUUUACGGGUAUUUAUCGUGAUCCUCAAACACAAAAUCUACAGUAAUUAAACGGUAUAUUAUAUACCGUUAAAGAAGGCCGAGGCUGCAUGUGUUCUCUGACCGGCACAUAAGAUUCGGUUUAACCCGCGUACAGUUUUGUUUUCUUUUUUUUAUUUCUUCAAUUGGUACAUUACACUAUAUUACACUAUGCCAUAUGUUGCAUGCAUUUGUUAAAAUUUUCAGCAAUUCGUAUAUAUGAAAACA